CUCUCCCUCCACAAAAUGCCCAAUAUCCUCACCCGUUUCUCUGCCCCUCUUCCUCUACUUUUCCUAGCUAGCUUUGUCUCUCUCUCAAUAAAAUCCGAGAGCUAUCACCUUGAUUACUACCAACCCCUGACUACUCCUACAUUAUUAUGUGUUUUGGGGGGUUGGUGAGGAUAUCGGAAAUUUGAGAGUUAUCCCCUUUCUUGUUUGAGUUUCAGAUAAUUCUGAAAUUAUAUACAAGUCAUAAUUCUUUGAUUGCUUUGGAGGUCCUAUAAAUAUGGCUGAUCCUUUCUCUCCCAAGAAAUUCAUCUUUUCUCCAUGAUUUUUUGCGAGAAUGACUCGGAAGCAGAGGAAGCCAUGUGGUCCACGAUGAAAAAAAUCGUGUUACGACACAAGAACGCUACGACACAACUCCUACGCCUCUUGUUUAUGAUUGCUUCAUUGAGCCUACUUUCCAACUCGGCAUAUUCAACUUGCUAUCCCAGAAAUUGAAGCAUCUUCUUAUCUCCUUUGUUCCAAGAAUAAGUUGGGAAUACCAUUGACCAGAACUCAUGAGCAUGAUUUCAUCUGAUUUCACCCACCUUAGAUAUAUGUUUAUUACUGGACCCAACAAAGGGAAGUUCCAAGAGAUUGCAAGUGUCAAUUUCCCGUCAUCCCUAGCAACAGUCAGAAAAGCUUGGGACAAUUCCCGCAUAUACUAUCUUGAGGACGAUAUCACACCCUUGAAUGAGAUUGUCAAAAAACGUGGAAUGAGGUGUCGACUCUGCUGCAUUGUUAUUUAUAAGUUUUUAGAUUAUCUGUUUAGAUCUUCUACUGUAAUCCAUUAUUUUCAGGAAAAAGAAGGCUAGAGCUAAAUUACAGCCAUCAUUAUCAAAAAAUGAUUGUGUUUUGCAUUAUUUUGUUCUUUUAUUGGUUGUUUCCUUAUCAUUUCCAUAGAUCUGUGGCUUAGAUGUGAGGGAAAAGAAGUUCUGACUGCACUCUUCAUAGUUGUUGCAGAUGUUGAACCAAAAUUAUCCAAGCUAACAUUCAAUCCUCAGUUGUCCAGAAUGGUUCUCUUUGAUAUGUCUGAUUUUCCAUGUCUUGGUACACAAAAAGGAUUUUGUUGGCUUGGUGAAAUUGCUCUGUAUCGCACGGUUUGCACCAGAUUGCUAAAAUAUGGAAUGCUUGGAAUGCUUGACUUGUUGCCAGAAACACUGUGAACAAGUGGUUCAAAAUGAUUAUUGCUUGCAACUCUGUUCAAAAUAUUGAUUUUGAAGGAAAUGAAGAGAAGAAGAGAUGCCUUGACACAACAUCUUUUUGUUUCAGGUACACAAAGCACUUUAUAAAGGACAUGUUUAAUUUAUCCUUGCAAGUGUUUAGAACAUAUAUAGAAUUUAUACUAUUUGAAUAUCAAGGGGAUGGUGUUUCCAACUUAUUGUAUUUAUACAUUUUUAGAUGAAAAAAAUCACAAACAUUCUAUUAUAAAAAAUUUUAGGAACUUGUGACCAAGCUAAUGUUAUUAAGGCAUAUCUUUGGCUUAUAGAUGGAAAAAUCUCAAGUACUCAAUUAGUUAUUCUCAAAUCUUUUGUUGACAUUAUACUUGAAUUCAUUAUUAUUUUGUAUGGAAAUCUUAAAAGUUUUGGUUGUUGCGUGCCAUGGUUUUAGAGGGCUAUAGAUACUACAUUAAUGUUAGCGGUUUGGUUUUGUGCUUCCGAGCAAAAGAGAGUUUAGGAAUAUUAUUACUAUUCCAAAAUUGACAUUGAUUUAAUGUAUUGCAAGGAAGUUGAGUAUUGAUCCGUCAGGAGGUAUAUAAAUUCAACUAGCUUUUAACUAUUGUUUAGGCUGCCCACCAGAGACUCAAAUAAGGGUGCCCUCUGCUUUGUUUUUUGAAUUGUUACUCUGGCAAAACAACAAAGAACAGCCAAAUAGUUCACUAAUAAGGCAUUUGGGCAUACCACCCCAAAACAUUACUCCCCACUUUGUUUCUAGAUUAUAAAAUUAGCUCAUCAUGAUGUUGUGUCAUUUAAAUGAAUAUUCUAGUACAUGAAUUUUCAGAUUUUUAAGCCAUUUUAUCUCUAGAUUUUUACACUGGGAAUUUAUUUGAUAGCGGCUCAGAGAGUGUAAGAUUGCCCUCAAGAGAUACACACGUAUCAACCAACUAACAAG